AUGGCUGUUCUUCCUUUCUGCCCCGGCCUUGCAGUGGAGAUCUUCGUCAACGGCGCUCCCCUGCCCGAGUAUGACGACAAUAGCGACACUUCCGCCUCGCCGACGACGGUCACAAAGUACGUCGAAGCAACAUCUGGGGCUAAUUUUGCGAUCAAAGUCUCGUUUACCGAAGGAUAUCCUUUCCCAAAAGGUGACGUGGAAGCUAGGAUCAGCCUUGAUGGACGAGUGAUCCAUAAAGGAAUGAACUGCGAAGACCGCUUCUAUCAUACACGUCUAUACCAGGGCCGUAGCAUCCAGAUCGGUGGGCACCCGAAAAUACAGAAGUUCUGUUUUGCCGAAUUGGAAAUCGUUGAGGGUAGCACAUUCCUUCCUGAUUUGACCUUAAUUGGCGCUAUCACUGUCGGCUUUACGUACAUACAAAAUCUGCGGUUGUCCUCUCCAGCUCACAUCAUCGAGAGUAUUUCGGCAUCGAAACAGGUUCCUGAGAAGGCACUGAAAGGACAGACACACACUCAUCGAGCUGGUGUGUCCGAGCCUGUUGCGCAUGCACGUGGAACGUUCUGGGAUUAUGACUAUGUAACGAAGUCUCCGUUCGCUACCUUCAACUUCAAGUAUCGCUCCAUUGAUGCUCUUCGGAUCCUGGGUCUCGUCCCACGCGAGCCCACUCCUCCACCUCUAGAAGAGCGGCCUGAAGAUGAGCUCACUCCGGAUGAACUACGCGAACUCGUGAAGCAGCUCAAGGAGCAAAAGGCUGCUACAGUCAAGGUUAAGAAAGAAGCCGUAGACAAGCGCAAGCGGGUCGAUGAGGCUGUUGAACCCAGCGAUGGCGAGGGGGUCACGGUUGUAAGGUCUAGAGACCGGAAGCGUCACCGUGGUGCGGAUGACGAGGUCAUCGUUCUGGACUAA